AUGCUUCGAGUUCGACCUACAAAAUUCACCAGACCUUCCCUAGCCCUCCUCCACUUCCACUUCCACUUCCAGUCCUUAACCACCACCACCGCCGCCGCCGCCGCCGCUGUUGCGCCGCCAAAUACUCGAACCCAGAUCGACGAAGCCCACCUCCUUCGAGUCUGCACAAUCCUCUACCAACAGCAAAAUUCUCCCGACGCAAAGCUGCACACCAAUCUCAACAAAACCCAAUUCCAUCUAACCCACGAAUUCUUUCUUCAAGUCUGCAACAAGUUCCCAUAUUCAUGGCGGCCCGUCUACAAAUUCCACCAAUUUUCCACCUCCCACCCGCACUUCGCCCACACCGCCACCACCUUCAACAAGAUCCUCGACGUCGUCGGAAAAUCAAGAAACCUCGAUCUCUUCUGGCCCCUCUGCAGAGAAGCCGGCGAGCGCCGCCUCGUCAAUGUCAAGACCUACAUAAUCGCGCUGCGCACUUUAGCCGCCGCGAGGGAGUUGAAGAAAUGCGUCGAGUUCUUCCAUUUGAUGAAUGGUUUUGGGUAUGAGUAUAAAGUCGAGAUCUUUAACGCUGUGAUCGAGGUUUUGUGUAGGAACAAGCUUGCUGAUGAGGCAAAGCAUGUUGUGGUGAAGUUGAGGGAUUGGAUUAGGCCGGAUUCGGAUACCUAUAGGUGGUUGAUUCAUGGGUUUUGUGACGUGGGAGAUUUGAUUGAGGCGUCGAAGCUGUGGAAUUCGAUGGUGGAGGAGGGUUUGGAGCCUUGUGUUGAAGUGGUAGAGUUGAUGUUGGAGGGUUUGUUCAAGAGCAAUAAGUUUGGUGAAGGGUUGAAGCUUUUUCAAUCGAUGAGGGUGAGGAGGGUGGAGAGUUUGGGGCUGUCGACGUAUCGCCUUGUGAUUGAGUGGCUGUGUAGGAAGGGGAAAAUGGGGGAGAGUUAUGUGGUUUUUGAGGAGAUGAAGACGAGGGGGAUUGAGCCAGACAAUGAGAUACUAGGAUGGAUAGUGUAUGGGCUUAUGAGUAGGGGGAGAGUGAGGGAGGCUUAUGGAGUGUAUCAAAGUGUGGAGAAUGGGGAUGUGUGUGUGUACCAUGGGAUGAUCAAGGGGCUGUUGAAGUUGAAGAAGGCGGGGGAGGCGACAGAGGUGUUUAGGGAGAUGGUGAGGCGGGGGUGUGAGCCCACGAUGCACACCUACGUGAUGCUGCUGCAGGGGCAUUUGGGGAGGCGGGGGCGGAGAGGGGAGGAUCCAUUGGUGAACUUUGAUACAAUCUUCGUUGGGGGGUUAAUCAAAGCAGGGAAAUCAUUGGAGGCGACUAAGUAUGUGGAGAGAGCUAUUAAUAGAGGUGUUGAGGUUCCGAGGUUUGAUUACAACAAGUUCUUGCAUUACUUCUCUAAUGAGGAAGGUGCAGCGAUGUUUGAGGCUAUGGCUGUGAAGUUGAGGGAAGUUGGCUUGUUUGAUUUGGCUGAUAUAUUAGCUAGGUAUGGGGAGAAGAUGGCCACGAGAGAUCGAAGAAGGAACAGAGCAAAUCAGUCUGUUGAAGAAGACCUUUCAAUUGCAUCAUCUUCUCCUCAGUAAUAUUAAUGGUACGAAAAUGUGUCAGUUUGUGAAGAAUGGUUUUUGGCAGAGGAGUAGGCGCUGGUCGGUCCCGUUAUCUACGUCGAUAACCCUUGCUUCCCAGUGAAGACGAGCAGCAACAGUUCUUGCCUUCUCUAUCAGAUCGAUCUUGUCGGAAAUGACAACCCACCCCUGUCACGAUUAUCACCAGAUUUAAUUAAAAAAAAAUUUGAAUGUGAAUAUUUGAAGCAUAUAAAACUCUUACACAUUACCUCAGGCCGGAGAAUUCGAUCCAUGUCGAAGAUCAGAUCGGUAAUGCUGCACUUAUCUGAAGCCAGGUGGGAUAACAGACCCUUUGCAUGAAGCAUAUCGUAUGUCCGAGAAUAUGUAGGGAAAGAAGCAUUGGAUCUUACCAGUUAUGUACAACACCUGCAAAGCCUUGAUCAAGAAUGAAAGGGAGGGUGCUGCUUUCACCCAUAGGAACAACAUUCAUCACCCACACUGAGUGCCCACCUUCCAGUAGGGCAGCGUUCAAGCCUCCGUAGUUCGCGUUCAUGUCCAUCACAUUCCGGACCAUGUUGUGAGGCGGGACCGGGUCUUCAUCACUGGGCCUCUUGGGGUGGUCUGAGAAGAUCAAAGGAGAUAGCAAUGGCCAGUAGUUUCUCAGAGAGGAUCUCCAGAACUCCAGAUCUUGAGAAAAUUCUUGAGGAUGAAUUCCUGUAAAGCAAAGUUAAAUAAUGUAUUGAUAUGAUGUGAUUUAAGCAACUAAUUUAUGGCAUUACAUACCAUGGAUUUGAAAGUCCAGAGAAGCAGAAGAUCUGUUCUGAAUUGGUGUCCAAUGUUUGCUGGUGGUUCCACUUAUGCAUUUCACAAGUGGUUUGUAGUAUGAUAGGCCAUCCUCUCUCUCACAUAGAGGGAAAAGAUCCUUGCUAAUAAUUGGGAAUCAAAAUCACAAAUAAUCAAGUACAGUACUAUUUGAUUUCAUUUGGGAGAGUGAAACAGGAGGGAUGAGAGAGAAUGGGGGUAGACAUUGCAUAAGAGGAGAUAGAUUACAUGGAAGCAUAGCAAUGAGAAUCUGUAGUUUUCUGCCAGAUGAAAGUCCCGUCUUGCUCAGACAAAAGAUUCCAACAAAGCGUUUUGAUGAAUUGUUCAAAAGGACUUGAAGCACUUCCCCUUUUGGAGCCCGGAGAACUUCUGCGUCCUCUGCUCCGAGGCGAGGUCAAAACAAGGUAGCCUCCAGGCUUAAGUACUCUGUCAACUUCAAUAAGAAACAUGCCAUCUGAUGACAGACAAACUUAUCAUGAGUCCAAAGAAAGUAUCUACUCAAAAUCCGAUUUGCAUGCUUCAAGGAGAAUGAGGUAGCGAGUGUGUCUUUGUGUAUCCAUUGUCUAUUUACAGUUUUUAAACGAGAUAUGAUGUAAUAAAGGUGUCAUUUUGUUGGGAGAACUGUCAACUGCAAGCCGCAAAAAGGUCUGUAACUGAUAACUACUUCUAAAUAUAGCAUUAAGUUAUUUUGCUUUCUUUUCCACAAAUAUAAGUACUUCUGAUUUCCUUUUCA